AUGGCCUGCCUCCCCCGUGCGGCCCGGGGCGUUUCUGCAGGGGUUUUACUCUUGGGGCUUUGGGAUGUGGCUCUCGGUGACAAGCUGCUGGUGGUUCCCCAGGAUGGAAGCCACUGGCUCAGUAUGAAGGACAUAGUUGAGGUGCUUAGUGACAGGGGCCAUGACAUCGUGGUGCUGGUGCCAGAAGUCAAUUUGCUUCUGAAAGAGUCCAAACACUACACCAGGAAAAUCUAUGGGGUACCCUAUGACCAGGAAGAGCUACAGAGACGCUUCCGUACCUUUGGGAACCGGCACUUUGCGGAGAGAUCACUCCUGACCGCUCCCCUGGUGGAGUACAGGAAUGUUAUGGUCGUCGUUGACCUGUGCUUCAUCAACUGCCAGAGCCUCCUGAAGGACUCGGCCACCCUGAGCUUCCUCCGGGACAGCAAGUUCGACGUCCUGUUCACAGACCCGGCCAUGCCCUGCGGGGUGAUCCUGGCCGAGUACCUGGGCUUGCCCUCCGUGUACCUCUUCAGGGGCUUCCCGUGUGCCCUGGAGCAUACGUUCAGCAGAAGCCCGAACCCUGUGUCCUACAUCCCCAGGUGCUACACCAAGUUCUCAGACCGGAUGACUUUCUCCCAGCGGGUGGCCAACUUCCUCGUCAGUCAUUUGGAGAACCUUCUAUUUCACUGUCUGUAUUCAAAGUAUGAAGACCUCGCAUCAGACCUCCUCAAGAGACAGGUGCACUUACCCACCUUAUAUCAGGAGGGCUCCAUUUGGCUCUUGAGAUAUGACUUUGUGUUCGAGUAUCCCAGACCAGUCCUGCCCAACAUGGUCUUCAUUGGAGGGACCAACUGUAAGAAGAAGGGGGUCCUGUCUCAGGUGGGUGGAUUUAUUUCUUUGUGA